UCCUCCGGGUCAAAUCGGACGGACAUCGUUCAUCUAAACCCAAAACCCUGAAAAACCUAAUAAAGCGUCGCGGGCGUCCGCCUCUUCCCCUCCGUUUAGGCACAGGAAGAGGCGGGGAGGUCUAGGGUUUCUGAGCCGACGAUGGGGGCUUACAAGUAUGUCUCCGAGUUAUGGAGGAAGAAGCAAUCUGAUGUCAUGAGAUUUUUGCAAAGGGUGAGGUGCUGGGAGUAUCGCCAACAGCCUUCAAUUGUUCGUCUCACUCGCCCAACCCGUCCAGACAAGGCUCGCCGUUUAGGCUUUAAAGCCAAACAGGGAUAUGUUGUGUAUAGAGUUCGAGUUAGACGUGGUGGGCGGAAGAGGCCUGUGCCGAAGGGCAUUGUCUAUGGUAAGCCUACAAAUCAGGGUAUUACACAACUUAAGUUCCAGCGCAACAAAAGGUCAGUUGCUGAAGAAAGAGCUGGUCGCAAGUUGGGUGGGUUGAAGGUGCUGAACUCGUAUUGGGUAAAUCAGGAUUCGACAUACAAAUAUUACGAGAUAAUCCUGGUUGAUGCCGCCCAUUCUGCUAUCCGCAAUGAUCCCAGAAUCAACUGGAUCUGCAAGCCCGUGCACAAGCACAGAGAGCUUCGUGGAUUGACAUCAGCAGGAAAGAAGUACAGGGGUCUUCGGGGCAAAGGUCACCUGCACCACAAAGCUCGACCUUCCCGGAGGGCAACAUGGAAGAGGAACCAGACCCUGUCUCUUCGUCGCUACCGUUGAUUUGUUCCUCAUUCUGGUUCAUCCAGUGCUUCAUUUUUGGUGUAUUGGACUUUUUUGGCUGUCGGAAUUUUUAUGAUUUGGUGAUCAUGGAACCCGAAUUUCUUAAUGCUUUAAGUUUAGGCACAUGCCUUGAACAAUUUGAAUUGACGUACCUUUUUUUAAAAUUAUGUCCAAUCAUUUUGAUAUGGUACCCAAUUAA